GUAGGAGAGCGCAUGCGUCUGACAAUUUUCGGCCAUAUUGUUAUGACGCAUACAAGAUCAUAGGUCUCCGCCAGUGACGAGUCUUCUCGCAGUUGACGUGGCUACUACGUACCGUCCCGUUCGCCCACUCCGGACGCAGCAUAUACGGUGACGAAGAAUACGUAACUGGUGACCUUAGUGGGAAUGGAGGGAAUGGUGGAGGAGAACGGCACGUCCGGUGGCGCGGGCGGCACUGAUCCGUUGACAAACUCGAACUCUUCUGCUCCCGCCCCAGCCCCACACGUCGUUGCCGCCACCAGCAUUGUGCAGCUCAACCUGCCUGCACAAUCUCCCUCAGCACAGGCUCAAUCAGUUAUUCAACCUAAUCAACAAUCAGUGAUACAAACAGCAUCUAAUAUACAAUCAGUGCAGUUACCUAAAGGAAAUGUAAUACUUGUCAGUAAACCAAGCUCUGUCAUACACACAACGCAAGGAACAUUACAAACAUUGCAGAUUAAACCAGAACCAAAUACAGUAGUGAGUACACAGGGACAGUCUUGCACAGAUGACAGCUGUAGUGAUGAUGAGAGUCCAAAACGAAAAUACCGUGAAAUGUUAACAAGACGCCCCUCAUACAGGAAGAUACUCAAUGAUCUUGGAGGUGCUGAAAUUGCGGACAAUCGCAUGGGCUCUAAACCGGGAUGUGAGAAUGAAGUAUCGCUGUCAACUCCUUUGUCGUUUGCACCAGUAAUUCCAGCGGGCGCGCUGCAGACAGAGAGCGGGCUGCAUACGCUCGCGGUGUCGGGGGCGGCUGGCGGGGGCACUAUCGUUCAAUACGCGACUAACCAAGAUGGACAGUUUUAUGUGCCGGGUCCCAUGUUAGAAGACCAAACGCGAAAACGGGAGCUAAGAUUACUGAAAAAUCGAGAAGCAGCUAGGGAGUGUCGCCGUAAAAAAAAAGAAUACAUAAAAUGUUUGGAGAAUAGAGUGGCAGUUUUGGAAAAUCAAAACAAGGCGUUAAUAGAAGAACUUAAGUCCCUAAAAGAACUUUACUGUCAACAAAAAACAGAAUGAGGCCCAGCCGGCUAACCAGGUGUGCCGCUGCCCCGCCGGUGAGACUUUCAAGGCACUCGUUGUUACUUCUUGCUGCGUUUAGAGUGAUACCUACUUUGUUCCGUCUCAUAAAGUAUUUUAGCGCAUCUGCCAGUUUUGAUAGACUUCUGAAUAAAAAUUUUCAAUUAAUGUGAAAAUAAACACUUAUGAAACAUCAAAGUUGCGCUGAUGAGUGUCAAAAAUCGUUUAGAAAUCUCUUAGUUUUAUAUGAAAAUUUUGUAAGUAGGCUAAUUCUAAAGCGCAGUAGUGCAUGUGUACUAACUGGUUAUAGGCAUCAAGUGCCGAGGGCGAAGUCAAGCCGCCUUCUUGCUCCCGAGGCGUUGUAACAAGUGGCUUGUGCUGUAACGUUGAUACAGGGUGCCCGCGUGGGUGUCAAUAAAAUCUGUGUAUAUUUUAUUGUAAAUAGAGAGAUAAAUAAAGAAACCACUUCUAUAUAUAUAAGAAGGGUUAAAAUUCAAUUUAUUCUACAUGAAAAUAAUUUGGCAAAUAGCUUGUGUUACAUUAACAUUGUUAUACUUUAUAUGUUAACUGUUUAUACUUAUGUUUAUCUGCAUGUUGUUGUUUUAAACAUUUUGUUUUAAAUAUUUUUAUUAUUUCUCUAAGAACUAAUGCCUUCUCUAGUGACAUCCUGUUCAUUAUGUCACCCAUACAAAUAAAUAUGUUCGCAUAUUGUUUUCUAUUAUGUAAUACUGUUCAUUGUAUGUACCAUUCCAAAAUAUUCAUAAGAAGAGCUGGUUACAGAAAAAGAAUGUUUGACAUUUGUGCCAUUUUCUAUUUUUGGUUAAUCUUAUUUUUUAAUAUACAAUAAUGUUUAAACCGAGAAUAUUAAUAUCCUUUUUUAUAACUUAAUAUCGCUAGUAAUAACAUUAUUUUCUUAUGUCGAAAGAAAUGUCCGAAACCAUGUUUUUCUUAUGGGAUUUAAUGACAUACAAUUUUGUGAUAGAAUUUGUAUAGAUUUGACAUUAUAAUAAAAAUAAUGUUUUUAGUUAUAGAUACAUAACCUUUAGAUGGAGUGUUUCAUACGAUCGAGAGACGAAUUCUAUUUUCGAAAAUGUCAUUUAAUAUUGUACAAUGAGGAAAUUUCUUUUUUUUCUUCUCUCUACAGUGAAGAAUUUGACCCCAACAAAAGGCCACUGAAGGUCUUUUUUUUCGCCUCACUUUUGUGCUCCAGAUUAGAUAGUUAUAUAUCUAUAGUUAUUAGCAUUAAAUAAAUGCAGUGGUUACUUGAAGAAUGUGAUAUUAUAUUUUCAUGAUAGAAUGGUCGCCGUUGUCAAUUUAACGAGAUAUAAACUGGUAAAGGUUUACAUGUUCUUCUGUUAUUCACUUACAAAGUUGCUUAAGUAUUCACAACACUACUAAAAGUGUUUUUGUAAUGUGUAAGCCAAAGUUAAUGUUUAGUUUUUUUUUUGUGCAAUAGUUUAUUGCAUUGUAUAAAUAGGGUUUUGUAAUUUUUCUUCGGUAAAAUUAAAAUGUAAUAAAUCUGAGAUAAAAAAUGAUGUAAAUUGUAUAAAGAUAGUUCAGUAAAAUAGUGUAUAAAUAAAAAUGGAAUUAUUUUGUAUAUACACAAUGUAAUUUUAAAGUGGCUGAUGUUGCAUAUCACCAACAAUAACUCUCACUUCGACCUCUUUAGCAUAAAACAUUAUUGUUGACACUUGUACCAGACGCCAUAACUUUCUUGACGUUCACAGAUUAUAUUAUUGUAUUUUUUGUGGAAGGGUAAUUUUAACUAUCAGAGAUAUAUUAUUUAAGGUUUUAUAAGAGAAUAUAUCACGUGUCAUGAUAGAUUAGCAACAUUAAGAUUGGUUUAUUUUUCAAUAUUUUUUGUAAAGGUUAUUAGGAAAUUUCAUUGUAGUUGAAUAUAAUGCGGUCCAAUCUAUCAUGGUACGUGAUUUUUAUAUUAAUGAUAAAAUUGUGGAAAGUGCCUUUCAAUUUAGAAUAAAUAAAUUUAUACCAA